AUAUCCACAAUUCCACAUACUGAUACAACCUCUCCCUUCAAAAAAUCAGCUACUUGACUCAUCGGAAAUGGCGUCUUCUCUCUCUACCAAUACUAAACGCCUUCUCCGACCUCCAUCUUCUUCCCUAGGAUCCCUCCGCCCGCCGUUCAUGCUGCAUUCUCUCAGCCUUCGCCCAUUCCCAUCCAAACGUCUCCUAAUUGAGGCCUCUGGUAGCACAUUUGGGAGUUACUUCCGUGUGACGACGUUUGGAGAAUCUAGAGGCGGCGGCGUCGGCUGCGUCAUCGACGGAUGCCCGCCUAGGCUUCCCCUUUCUCAAGCUGAUUUGCAACUUGAAUUGGAUAGAAGGAGACCAGGCCAGAACAAAAUAACUAGUCCUAGAAAAGAGAGUGACACAUGCAAAAUAGCAUCAGGGGUUGCUGACGGGGUCACCACUGGAUCUCCGAUCAAGGUGGAAGUCCCAAACACAAAUCAAACAAAUGAUUUGAGUGAAAUGUCAGUUGUGUAUAGACCGUCUCAUGCAGAUGCAACUUAUGAUUUCAAAUAUGGAGUGAGAUCGGUGCAGGGCGGUGGUAGAUCCUCUGCAAGAGAAACAAUUGGGAGAGUUGCCGCUGGAGCUGUGGCUAAGAAGAUUCUAAAUCAUUAUGCUGGAACUCAAAUUCUAGCAUAUGUUUCUCAAGUUCACAAGGUUGUCCUUCCUGAAGAUCUGGUUGAUCACGAAAGAGUAACACUUGAUCAGAUAGAGAGCAAUAUAGUGAGGUGCCCGGAUCCUGAAUACGCGAAGAAGAUGAUAGGUGCUAUUGACACCGUCACAGCUAGAGGCGACUCUGCUGGUGGUGUCGUUACCUGCAUAGUUCGAAACGUGCCACGGGGGCUUGGUUCUCCAGUUUUUGAUAAACUUGAAGCAGAGCUAGCAAAGGCUGUGAUGUCAAUACCUGCAACAAAGGGAUUUGACAUUGGCAGUGGAUUUGAAGGUGCAUUCAUGCGUGGUAGUGAGCAUAAUGAUGAAUUCUACAUGGAUGAAGAGGGUCGCAUUAGGACUAAAACCAAUCGUUCCGGUGGUAUACAGGGUGGGAUAUCAAAUGGAGAAAUUAUCAAGAUGAGAGUAGCUUUCAAGCCAACUCCGAUUAUAUAUAAGAAGCAGCGUACUGUGACUAGAGACAAACGCGAGAUAGAGGUGAUAGAUCGAGGUCGACGUGAUCCUUGCGUUGCUCCACGAGGUGUUCCGAUUGUGGAAGCGAUGGUAGCGUUGGUGCUAGUGGACCAAUUGAUGGCGCAAUAUGCUCAAUGCACGCUUUUUCCUAUCAACACAGCGUUGCAGGAGCCCUUGGAAUCACGCUCUCAGCUUUCCCCUUCCCUUUCCUAGUUUCAUUAAAUAACUACUCAUCUUUAUGCACUUAUUAAUGUAAGCUACACGCACUUUGUAAAAUUAAUUUUUUUUUUGAAGCGUGUAAAAUUAAUAUUUAAGUGUGACUGAGUUUGUCGGACAUGAAUAUCAAAUUUUAUGGGUUUAUUUUUACUUUUUA